GCCGCUUCCGGAUCCAGUAGGAGCUGUGAGGGGGGGGGUCGGCCUUUGCGGUAGUAGAAGUCGGGGGGUGGGAAGGAGCCUGCCUUCAUUCGUUCCACCCCUUAUGAGUGACAGAGGGGGUCCUUGUCGGGACAGUUGACGGGCUCGCCCGCCCUCGUUGUGGAGGCGUCCGUAGAACAAGCUCCCCCAUCCUAGCUGGGAGGAUAGGCACAGAAGCAUAAGCUGAAGACUUCUUUUUUGCAGUGCAUGGACGGAAAGCCAAUGCGCAGGUGCACCAGUAAUCGAGCAGGUGAAACAGGAAUGGACGUAACGAGUCGAUGCACUCUUGGGGAUCCCAACAAACUGCCAGAAGGAGUGCCACAGCCUGCUCGCAUGCCUUACGUCUCUGACAAGCACCCUCGACAAACACUAGAGGUUAUCAACUUGUUGCGGAAGCACCGAGAGCUAUGUGACGUGGUGCUGGUGGUGGGGGCCAAGAAGAUCUAUGCCCAUCGGGUGAUCCUAUCAGCCUGCAGCCCCUACUUCAGAGCAAUGUUCACAGGGGAGCUUGCAGAGAGCCGACAAACAGAGGUCGUGAUAAGAGACAUUGAUGAAAGGGCUAUGGAGCUGCUGAUUGACUUUGCAUACACUUCACAAAUCACAGUAGAAGAGGGUAAUGUCCAGACCUUACUGCCAGCUGCCUGCCUCCUUCAGUUAGCUGAGAUCCAGGAAGCCUGCUGUGAGUUCUUGAAAAGACAGUUGGACCCCUCCAAUUGCCUCGGAAUUCGAGCAUUUGCUGAUACCCAUUCCUGCCGCGAACUUCUGAGAAUUGCUGACAAAUUCACUCAACAUAAUUUUCAAGAGGUAAUGGAAAGUGAGGAGUUCAUGCUGCUUCCGGCCAAUCAGCUCAUUGACAUAAUAUCCAGUGAUGAAUUGAAUGUACGGAGUGAAGAGCAGGUGUUCAAUGCAGUGAUGGCAUGGGUGAAAUAUAGUAUUCAAGAGAGGAGACCUCAGCUUCCUCAGGUAUUGCAACAUGUCCGCUUGCCACUGCUCAGUCCGAAGUUCCUCGUAGGUACAGUUGGUUCAGACCCACUCAUUAAAAGUGAUGAAGAAUGUAGGGAUCUAGUAGACGAAGCUAAAAAUUAUCUGCUGUUGCCUCAAGAGCGACCAUUAAUGCAGGGUCCAAGAACUAGACCACGCAAGCCCAUCCGCUGUGGUGAAGUACUCUUUGCAGUGGGUGGCUGGUGCAGUGGGGAUGCAAUUUCCAGUGUUGAGCGUUAUGACCCACAAACAAAUGAGUGGCGGAUGGUGGCUUCCAUGAGCAAAAGGCGAUGUGGUGUUGGUGUUAGUGUCUUGGAUGACCUUCUUUAUGCAGUAGGAGGACAUGAUGGUUCUUCCUACCUUAACAGUGUGGAAAGAUAUGACCCAAAGACCAAUCAGUGGAGCAGCGAUGUGGCACCCACCAGCACCUGCAGAACCAGUGUCGGAGUGGCAGUUCUUGGUGGCUACUUGUAUGCUGUGGGAGGUCAGGAUGGUGUUUCCUGUCUCAAUAUUGUUGAAAGAUAUGAUCCAAAGGAGAAUAAAUGGACUCGAGUGGCUUCCAUGAGUACCAGACGCCUUGGGGUAGCUGUGGCUGUGCUAGGGGGCUUUCUUUAUGCUGUUGGAGGCUCUGAUGGGACAUCACCUCUGAAUACAGUGGAGCGCUACAACCCUCAGGAGAACCGUUGGCAUACAAUUGCCCCCAUGGGCACCAGACGUAAGCACCUUGGUUGUGCUGUGUAUCAAGACAUGAUCUAUGCUGUAGGAGGCAGAGAUGAUACUACUGAACUUAGCAGUGCUGAACGAUACAACCCCAGAACCAACCAGUGGUCCCCUGUUGUUGCUAUGACAUCACGCCGCAGUGGGGUUGGCCUUGCUGUAGUGAAUGGACAGCUAAUGGCUGUGGGAGGUUUUGAUGGUACAACAUAUUUGAAAACUAUUGAAGUAUUUGAUCCAGAUGCCAACACCUGGAGACUCUAUGGAGGAAUGAACUAUCGUCGGCUUGGAGGUGGUGUGGGAGUUAUCAAAAUGACACAUUGUGAAUCCCAUAUAUGGUAAAAGCCCAAUGGGAGAAAUUCCCCUUUGUGUACACUCCUAUUGAAAUAGGUCAGCUUGGGGACUUCUGACUUUUUGGAGGUUCUAGUAAAAUACAAUCACACUGAA